UUCCCAAAUUCAAAUCCAAAUCAAAUCAUUUAAUUAAUGAUGCUUAAGAUUCAAAUUUUUAACUAACGAACCAUCCUUCCUUCUUCUAAUCACUUCUACUAAUACUCACUUACUCACUCACUCGCACACUUACUUGGAUUUUGAUUCGAUUUCUACAAAAAUAUUCACUUAAUAAAUUUAUUUUCCAGUCAAUUUUAGCUACUCAUUCUUGAGAUCUUCAUUUCCUACCUCCUCGAAUCUUCCUUUUUUCCAUUUUCUCUCUCCUCUCCUUCCUUUACUUAACCUCUCCAAUCAACUUCACUUAUCAAGUCCACUCUCAUUAACCUCUUUUUAGGUUCGUCUUCUCUCAAGACUGUAACCUAACUUAUCCGUCACAUAUACAGAUAUGGCGCUUGUAGUGUCAUUUUGUGGGGAAAGUCAAGCGAGGAAAUCGUCCUCAUUCAGGAAGCCAUGGAUGUUGAAGGAUUACCUAGGGGACGACUUGAGCUCGUGCUCCUCCAAUGGGUUCCGAUCAUUUCCUCGGCGACAAUGCUGCGUUGCAGUACGCAGCAUUAUCGAGAACGAAAUUACUCGGAACCACCGUAUUAGUAAUAGUAGUAGUAAUAGUAAUAAUAUGAAACCUCCGAAACGUAUCCUGGUGAGAAACAGGAGCGUUUCGGGGACGCUUCAUAAAGCGUCAAUGGCGUUGAUCAACGCCGUGAAAAUGCUUCCGUUUAAUUCUCAGGCGAAAUCCGGUGACGGAAAACGGUUUCUUCCUAGAAGCUUCUCGAAGAAGCUGUUUCGGAGAAGUUUCUGGAAGAGAGAGAAGAGUAAUAAUGUAGUGGUUGUUUUGAAGAAGGAAGGUGUUCAUGAUGAUGAGAUCGAACGGUGGAUAUCGUCUGGUGUUGCUGGAACGGAGAAGUAUAAGCCGUCGGAUUUGUCGAAUGAUACGACGGUAACUACGACGAGUGGUAGUAAUAGCGACGGUAAAAGUGAGAGUAGUUGGUCGGAUCUUACUUUUAAUUCGGAUAGUUUGACUUGUUCUAGUGAAAACGACGCCGUUGAGAGGAGUGAGAAAAUGGAGGAAGAAGUGGUCAGCCGAAUAGUUGGCGUAAUAGCUGCUGAUGAUACCGUUAAGCCAGCCGUUGCUAAGGAGAAAAUGUGGUUUAACGAAGAAAGUGAGAAGGAACAAUCAAGCCCAAUAUCUGUCUUGGAUUUUCCUUACAAUGAUGAAGGAGGUUCCUCGCCCUUCACUCUUAGAGUAUCAAGGCUAAAAGGGACUCAAGAAAGGCUUAUGCAAAAGCUUGGAAGAUUUGAAUGUUUAGCCGGACUAGAACCCAUUAAUCUCGAAGGCCUAAUCUCAUCCUCUGAGAUUGUAGAUCGAGUACCUAAGCAUUCGAUCAUACCUUGCUCAACACCUAGCUAUAUUCUAUCUAGUGAAAGUGAAGAAGAAGAGGACGAAGAAGAGGAAGAAGAAGAACAACAACAAAGUCAUGUAAGCGACGUUGAAAAACAAGCGCAACACUUACUAAGCAUUGUGAAUGCUAGGAUACAAUCAAAAACAAUGCACAAGUGUGAUCUUGAAGAUGUUUUACUUGAUUUCUUUCGCGAAAAUGUUCCACAUAAGGCGAAUGAUGCAUUGUUGCAAGCAGCUGAGGGUUGGAUAGACGGACAUUAUGAAAAGUUAAUAUUAGGGUGGGAGGUGAAGGACAAGAGGCAAGUUUACAUUAGGGACAUGGAAGAGGGAGGAUGGUGGCCAAGAGAUACUCAAUUAGAAAGGGAAGAAGUUGCAACAAAGCUCGGCGAUGAGGUUAUGGCACAUUUGAUGGAAGAUCUUAUGGUUGAAAUGUGUAAUUCCUAGCUAGGAGUCCUUAAGAUAAAAUCAGAAGCGGGAUAUAGAUUUAAUUAGUACUCCUUUUGAAUCCUUUAUGUUCUUUCCAUUUGAAAUCUCUUGCUAGACAAAUAUAAUCAAAAUGGAAAGAACAAAAAGGAUCGGAGGGAGUAGGACUAGUUCAUUAGUAUUAACACUAUUGUAUGUGAAUAUUUGCAUAGGGGAAUUCUUAUGGUACAUUAGUUUUGAAUAAGAUAGGAGGAGAUAAAAUAGAUACAACUAUAAGUAGUUGAUCAUCCCAUGUACUCUGUAUUUUGGUUCUUCCUUUUUCUUUAUCUUGAGAAAAAGGAUGGAGAUUUUUUGGAUUUCAAUUAACAAAACGUUUUUGCAAUUUGUUA